CCCCAAUCCUCACCAUUUUUCUCUCUCUCCAAAAGUCAGCGCCUUCUUUUGUCUUCCCUCUCUCUGUUCUUGCUUUCUCUGUUUUCCAACAGUUUCUUGCAGAGAAGUCAGAAACCAUGGGGGAUGAUUGGGAUCUGCAUGCGGUGGUGAGAGGCUGCGCCACCACCACUACCACCACUUGCAGCACCACUGCCACCGGUUCUUUCAUAGCUGAUUUGCAUCCUCUGUAUGGGUUUUCCCCGCUUUCUUCUUUUCCGGAUCCUUUUGAAGCCAGGAAUGUUGAAAAGGAGCUGCAUGAGCUUUACAAGCCUUUCUUCCCUAAAUCUCAGCCUCUUUCUCUGCAAAGCACACCCGUUUCUUCAAUUUCUUCUCUUUUUGAGUCGAAAGAUCAAGUGCAGAUUAAACAGGAGAAGCAUAAGCCCAAGCAGUCUCGAACUGUUUCUUUGGUUAGUAGGACCAGUACUAGUACCAACAAUUCCACCACUUCCAAUUCCAAUUCCAAUUCCAAUUCCUCUAGAUCCAAAAGAAGAAAGAACCAGCUGAAAAGGGUUUGCCAAGUACCGGCGGAGGGUCUUUCAUCAGACAUGUGGGCAUGGCGGAAAUAUGGUCAAAAACCCAUCAAGGGCUCCCCUUAUCCAAGAGGAUAUUACCGAUGUAGCAGUUCAAAGGGGUGUUUGGCCAGGAAACAGGUGGAAAGAAACAGAUCCAACCCGGCUAUGUUCAUAGUAACAUACACGGCAGAGCACAACCACCCUGUUCCAACGCACCGGAACUCACUCGCCGGCAGCACAAGGCAAAAGCCCUUCACCCCGCAAACGACCCCCGUCUCUGAAUCCCCCAAUCUCUCCACUGCCAAACCAACCACCAGUUCUUCCCCGGCUACCUCCGUGGAUGAGGAGCUCAUACCCCAGAAUACAAGGGCGGAGAGCAUAGAAGAUAUGGUGGAAGAAGAGGAAGAAGAUGAUUUGGGGAUAUCAGAUGCGGCGUUGAGCGAUGAUUUCUUUGAGGGUUUAGAAGGUCUCGCCAGUCCUGUCAGUGGAGACUUCUUUUCUGAUCACUUUCCGGCUACUUUUGGCCUUCCUUGGAUUGCCAAUAAUGCAGCUACCACUGCCGGCGGCAUAUGAAAUUCAACGGAAAAGCGGCUUUCAGUUCCUUUUUCUUGUCCUGUAUAUGUUUUUAAGACUUUUUUGAGGAAGAAAUAAUCACUGUAAUGUUUGGGCUAGAAUCUAAUGUUUUUUUUUUUUUUUUUAAAGUGAUCAUUGAUUUUGUAUUUCAUUAUAGAGAUAAAGCUAGUACAAUAUAGUUUUAAACUAAAUUACUGUUGCAUUUUCUGAAGAAUUAGUUAUAAAGCUAGGACUAAUUUUGAUCUUAGAAUGUGUAGAUGGAUGUUAAAUUAUCAGCAUCAUCACCAUUUUGUUUAUAUUUCAUAUAUGGUUGUUGAUUUUUCAAUUUGAUCCUUGUUCAUGUGGGUAACAAAUAUUUGUGCAUUUUUUUCUUUUUUUGGUGAAUAAAUAUUUGUGCUUUGU